AUGCGCAAGAAAGGCCACGCGGCUUUCACAUUGGCGAAGCGACUCCUGGAAAAUCAAACCCUUGACUUUGGAAUGGAACAAAUGGUAUCGGAGUUCCUAGACCAUAUCGGAGCGGGUAUUGACGCAACAGCCGACAGGCUGGUGUUCUUGAUGUGGGAACUAUCGCAGGCCCACAACGGCGAGCGAAUGGCGAGGCUGGCCGACGAGCUGCGCACGGUCGACAAGGCAGGACAUUACUUGGGCGAUUUACCGUAA